AUGAGUCUGGUCAAGUCUCUGGAUCCAAUCACCAACUGUCGGGAAAGAGGACCUGCAGCCAGGCACCCUGCCUCUCCCUGCAGCGUGAAGCACUCCCCUACACGCGAGACGCUGACCUACGCGCAGGCGCAGAGGAUGGUGGAGAUUGAGAUUGAGGGCCGCCUGCACCGGAUCAGCAUCUUGGACCCACUGGAGGUCAUCCUGGAAGAUGACCUCACGGCCCAGGAGCUGAGCGAGUGCAACAGCAACAAGGAGAACCGCGAGCGCCCACCCGCCUGCCUGCGGACUAAACGCCACCGGAGCAGCCGCGUGAGGAGGAAACACGAGGCCCCAGCCAGUGGCCCUGGUGCCCUGCCCCCUGCCAGCACACUGCCCGAGCCCAGGGUGCGGCUGCUGGAGUACAGCCCCCCGUCGGCACCGCGGAGACCGCCAGUCUACUACAAGUUCAUCGAGAAGUCGCCUGAGGAGUUGGACAAGGAAGUGGAGUACGACCUGGACGAGGAGGACUAUGCCUGGCUGGACCUGGUCAACGAGAAGCGCCGGGCGGAGGGCGUGUCCGCCGUGUCCCAGCACACCUUCGAGUUCCUGAUGGACCGCUUUGAGAAGGAGUCCUACUGCGAGAACCAGAAGCAGGGCGAGCAGCAGUCGCUCAUCGACGAGGACGCAGUCUGCUGCAUCUGCAUGGACGGCGAGUGCCAGAACAGCAAUGUCAUCCUCUUCUGUGACGCGUGCAACCUGGCCGUGCACCAGGAGUGCUACGGUGUGCCCUACAUCCCCGAGGGCCAGUGGCUGUGCCGCCACUGCCUGCAGUCCCGCUCGCGCCCCGCCGACUGCGUGCUCUGCCCCAACAAGGGCGGCGCUUUCAAGAAGACGGACGACGACCGCUGGGGCCACGUGGUGUGCGCCCUGUGGAUCCCUGAGGUCGGCUUCGCCAACACCGUCUUCAUCGAGCCCAUCGACGGCGUGCGCAACAUCCCGCCCGCCCGCUGGAAGCUCACCUGCUACCUCUGCAAGCAGAAGGGCGUCGGGGCCUGCAUCCAGUGCCAUAGAGCCAACUGCUACACCGCCUUCCACGUCACCUGUGCCCAGAAGGCUGGCCUCUACAUGAAGAUGGAGCCCGUGAAGGAGCUCGCUGGCGGUGCUGCCACCUUCUCAGUCCGUAAGACCGCCUACUGUGACGUUCACACGCCACCCGGCUGCACCCGCCGGCCCCUGAACAUUUAUGGGGAUGGCGAGAUCAAAAAUGGCGUGUGCCGCAAGGAGGGGACUGCCCCGGCUGCCAGGGCCACAUCCAAAGUCCGCAAGAAGGCGAGGAAGGCCAAGAGGACGCCGGCGGAGCCCUGCACGGUGCUGCCCACCGUGUGCGCGCCCUACAUCCCACCACAGAGGUUAAGUAAGAUAGUAAACCAGGUGUCCAUCCAGCGGAAGAAGCAGUUUGUAGAGCGAGCACACAGCUACUGGCUCCUCAAGCGGCUCUCUCGGAACGGCGCGCCCCUGCUUCGGCGACUCCAGUCCAGCCUGCAGUCGCAGCGCAGCGGCCAGCAGAGGGAGAACGACGAGGAGAUGAGGGCCGCCAAGGAGAAGCUCAAGUACUGGCAGCGGCUGCGCCACGACCUGGAGCGCGCGCGCCUCCUCAUCGAGCUCAUGCGCAAGCGGGAGAAGCUCAAGCGGGAGCAGGUGAAGACAGAGCAGAUGGCCAUGGAGUUGCGGCUGACCCCGUUCACGGUGCUGCUGCGCUCAGUGCUCGACCAGCUGCAGGAGAAGGACCCAGCACGCAUCUUCGCGCAGCCCGUCAGCCUGAAGGAGGUGCCCGACUACCUGGACCACAUCUCGCACCCCAUGGACUUUGCGACCAUGAGAAAGCGGCUGGAGGCGCAGGGCUACAGCGCCCUGGCCGAGUUCGAGGACGACUUCAACCUCAUCGUGGAUAACUGCCUCAAGUACAACGCCAAGGACACGGUCUUCUACCGCGCCGCUGUGCGCCUGCGCGACCAGGGCGGCGCCGUGCUGCGGCAGACGCGGCGGCACGUGGAGAGCGUCGGCUUCGAGGAGGCCACUGGCAUGCACCUGCCCGAGCGGCCCCCGGCGGCGCCCCCCCGGCCCUUCUCCUGGGAGGAAGUGGACAGGUUGCUGAACCCCGCCAACCGCGUGCACAUGAGCCUGGAGGAGCAGCUCAGGGAACUGUUGGACAAACUGGACCUGACCUGCUCGAUGAAGUCCAGCGGGUCUAGGAGUAAACGGGCCAAGCUGCUCAAAAAGGAAAUUGCCCUUGUGCGGAACAAGCUGAGCCAGCAGCCCAGCCAGCCCCCGCGGCCCGUGGAGUCAGGUAUUGGCAGCUUCGAAGAGGACGGGGCUCCAUUGGAGCAGGAGGCGGGGGAUGCAGUCCUUCCGAGGUUGGAGACUCUUCUGCAGCCCCGGAAAAGGUCGCGGAGCACAUGCGGGGACUCCGAGGCGGAAGAGGAGCCCCCGGGCAAGCGCCUGGACACAGGUCUCACUAACGGCUUUGGGGGUGCUCAGGGUGAGCAGGAGUUGGGCAGCGCCCCGGGGAGGAAAGCCACACCCCGGCGCCGCUGUGCCUCUGAGUCUAGCAUCUCCUCCAGCAACAGCCUGCUCUGUGACUCAAGUUUCAGCACGCCCAAGUGUGGCCGCGGCAAGCCGGCCCUGGUGCGCAGGCAUGCGCUGGACGACCGCAGUGAGCUCAUCUCUUGUAUCGAGAACGGAAACUAUGCCCGGGCCGCCCGCAUCGCCGCCGAGGUGGGUCAGAGCAGCGUGUGGAUCUCCACGGACGCCGCAGCCUCCGUGCUCGAGCCCUUGAAGGUGGUGUGGGCCAAGUGCAGCGGCUACCCAUCAUACCCCGCGCUGAUCAUUGACCCCAAAAUGCCCCGAGUGCCGGGCCACCAUAACGGGGUCACCAUCCCGGCCCCGCCUCUGGACGUGCUCAAGAUCGGCGAGCACAUGCAGACCAAGGCAGACGAGAAGCUCUUCCUGGUCCUGUUCUUCGACAACAAGCGGAGCUGGCAAUGGCUGCCCAAGUCCAAGAUGGUGCCCUUGGGGGUAGACGAGACCAUCGACAAGCUGAAGAUGAUGGAGGGCAGGAACUCCAGCAUCCGCAAGGCUGUGCGAGUGGCCUUCGACCGCGCUAUGAACCACCUGAGCCGCGUCCAUGGGGAGCCGGUCAGCGACCUCAGCGACAUAGACUGAGCCGCCUCCUGUCUAUAGUGUCCAUAGCUGUACAUAUCUGUAUAUUGUUCAGAACUUAACUUAUUCUGAUUUCGAGUUGUAGCUUUUUUGUUCUUUUCCUCCUCGGGGGAGGGAGGCCGUUCUCAGUUGUCCAGGACGCCAGUCAAAGGGCGUGGCCAGCGGGGUCACCCGGUCACCCUCUGCCUGACGGUGCUGCGUCCGCCUCCUUUGAUCCGUAGCUUUUUAAAAGACUUUUGAAUGUUGAGUAAUUUUGUAAGUCACACUCUUUACACAAAGUACCGCUUAUUUAAUAAGACGGAUGUAAAUUUACAGUGACAAACGUGUAUUUUAAGAAAGAAAAUGACAUUAUUUUGAAUGGUACUUUGUGGAAAGAGCCUAUCACUCGCAACUCACCAAAAACACUCCUGCUGGCCUGGCGGAGCCCUGGCCGCGCGCCCGCCCCUGCCCUGGUCCUGCCCCACCCUGGGCCCUCCCUGCCGGCCUCGCUCCAACCACUGGGGCCUCCCAGCGGGCUAUUUAUUGUAGAAAUUGUAUUCAUUUGCUUUAUAAUGAAAAUAAAUUUACAGAAGUAUAUUGAUAUGCAUUUUUAUACCACACGUAGAGGGGACUUGGUCUCCUGACUGGGCGGCGUGUGUGUGCUGACUUUUGUAACUUGUAACCUUUUGUUUACAAUGAGGGGUUUUCUGUAGCUUGUUUUAAUUUAGGACCCUUUGGUAGCAAUAGGAACUUUGGAUACCUUUUGUAUGGUACAUGUGAUGUACAUAGAAUUAGUACUUUAUUUUUAUUUUUAAGAGGUAAAGCAUUAUGUUAGGGAAAGUAGGGAGGGUUUCCAAAAUGCAUUUUUUUAUAUUAAAAAAUAAAAGUCAAGGUUUGGAA